UCUUCGCCUGUCAAACGUGUCGUAAUUUUGAGGUUGGGUGUAUUGUUAUGGCAGGGAUCUGCGCCAGGUUCUCGAAUUUAACGUCGAGAUUUUCAAUAGUGCGAGGAUUCAGGAUGUCAGCGCUUUUAAGAGCGGAAAAGGUUCUUGAAGAACUGAAGGAGAAAAACCCUUAUUAUGAGAAGUAUGCGAGCAAAAUUGCGGCCCUGCAACAAACAUCACCAGAGGAGUUCUUGGAGAGGGUGGAUGCUGCUGAGAAGAAAAAGGAAACCAAGCCCGGGUCAGAAAGAAAAUAUUCAGAGCUCCUGAAUCCCAAGGAGAAGUUAGAAACGCCAGCAGCAAAACCAACUGACAAAAAACUAGACGAUGUAAUGAAAGUGGAUUUGAUCAGGGAUAAAACCCCUGAAGAAAUCAAACAUCUCUGGUAUGAAUACCACAAAAGCAAAGAUGUCGUGGCAGCUGCAAUUCCAGUGGAACAGUACGAUAUGCUCAUGACAAAUGGCAAAGAGUAUCCAGUUUUCAUAUUUCCAUUGCCUCGAAGUGAAGGUUAUGAGUUCAUAAUGCUUCAGUUUAGCGGAAAUACUAUCCAUUUUACUCCUCUAAUAGCGUAUCAGGUGCACAAAGAAAAUGCUCCAGAAUGUCUGAAUAUUGUACACUACACAGAGUUGCGAGACAAAGGUAUUGUUUUAAUGCGUGGAGAAUAUGACACUCAAGUUUUAAACCCGCAAGAGGCACAAUGCUUGGCGAAUCAACUACAAUUAUAUUAUUGUAAAGGUGAUAAGUCAAAAAUGGAAUUACUAGAGACAUUCAACAAUCGCCCAGAUAAUUUUAAGCACAUGGACUUAAUUAAGGAAAUGGAGAAUAUAAAGAUUGAAUGAGGGGCAAUGUAAUGUGCAAAAUAUUUUUAAUUUGCUAAAUUGUUUAUUUAAUAAAUCGUGUUACUCGAAAUGAAA